GACUCUAUCAUCUCUUCUCUACUCCUUCAUCUUCCUCAACGUACUUUUAAUAACUACUCAACCAUCUCACCGGUUUCUUGCAUUAGCCGCUGGUGGUGGCCGAUGGCAACUACUCCAGAGAAGCAUUGGCAUCUCAGCCAUGCACAUGCAACUCCUCAAAAACGACCGCGUCAUAAUUUACGAUCGCACCGACUUCGGCAAAUCCAACAUCUCCUUGCCGGCCGGCAAAUGCCGCCGAGAAACUAACGAGACUGCUCUCAGAGUAGACUGCACCGCACAUUCUGUCGAAUACAAUGUUCUCAAAAACACCUUCAGGCCGUUGAUGGUGCAGACGGAUGUCUGGUGCUCCUCCGGCGCUGUCGCCGUCGAUGGGACUCUAAUGCAGACAGGCGGGUUCAAGAUCGGAGAGCGUAAGGCGAGACUUUUCAAACCAUGCGAUGACGGCUCAUGUGAUUGGCAAGAAAUCAACAACGGAAUAAAUGUCAGACGAUGGUACUCGACCAAUCAUAUCUUGCCAAGUGGUAGUCAGAUUGUCAUCGGCGGUAGAAAACAGUACAACUACGAGUUUUUUCCCAAGACUUCGGCUCCAAACACAUAUAAUUUACACUUCUUGAUGCAGACAAGCGAUCGAGAAGAAAACAAUUUGUACCCAUUUGUUUAUCUUAAUGUUGACGGUAAUUUAUUUAUCUUCGCUAAUAAUCGAGCUAUCUUGCUUAAUUAUGUGACUAAUAAGGUGGUGAAAACCUACCCGACUAUGCCGGGUGGUGAACCGAGAUGCUACCCGAGUACCGGCUCUUCUGUUAUGCUUCCACUCAAAAACCUCCAAGCUCCGGCAAUCCAAGUUGAAGUUAUUGUCUGCGGUGGUGCACCUGCUGGUUCUUAUAACAAAGCCAAGAGAAAUUUAUUUGUUGACGCCUUGAAAACCUGCGGAAGGAUCAAGAUAACCGACCCGAAUCCCCAAUGGGUAAUGGAGACAAUGCCUCAAUCCAGAGUCAUGGGUGACAUGAUCCUGCUCCCAAACGGCAACGUUCUGAUAAUCAACGGCGGCGCCAAGGGAAGCGCCGGGUGGGAACUCGGCCGGGACCCGGUUUUAGCUCCAGUUAUCUAUCGACCGGAUAAUGCAAUCGGGUCACGAUUCGAGACUCAGAACCCGUCAACCAUUCCUCGCAUGUACCAUUCCGCAGCCAUCUUGCUUCGCGACGGGAGGGUGCUCGUGGGCGGUAGUAAUCCCCAUAUUUACUAUAACUUCACCGGAGUAGUUUUUCCGACCGAUUUAAGUUUAGAGGCGUUUAGUCCUCCAUAUUUGGACUGGAAAGUCUCUAACUGGCGGCCAAAGAUUGUGUCACCCGCAUCGGAAUUCAAGCUCAGGUACAAUGAAGACCUGAAAAUACGGUUCACAUUGACGGCGAGGAAUGUAACUGAGAAAAAUGUGAGGGUGACAAUGGUGGCGCCAUCAUUUACGACUCACUCCUUUUCAAUGAAUCAGAGAUUAUUAGUACUGACAACGGGGAAGCUGAUUAGUUUAGGAAAAUCCGGCUACGAUAUUUCAGUAACAGCACCUCCUUCAAGAAUUCUCGCACCGCCUGGAUAUUAUCUGCUGUUUGUUGUCAGCGAGGAGAUACCAAGCGAGGGAAUUUGGGUCAACAUUCAGUGA